AUGCGUCUGCCAUUGAUACGUCUAAUUGCGUGUUUGUGCACGUUUUCGCGUGCACGAGCGGACAGUUCUCUUGACGGAAUUGAUUUAGAUCCAAGUACAGAGACACUUGGUGGUGCUUUACGUCCUCCAUCUUUUUCCUGCUGUCUUGACUCUCUAGAAUACUCGUUUUGUGGUGUCUGUACUAACAAUUCAGACUCGAAUUCCGUAAUUGUUGCCUAUGACGAAAACGACAUAAUCAGCGAGACGCUGCCAGUCGUCGAUGGAGUUGGCACAGAAGAUGAGUCCAGCCAAUUUUUAGAAACGUGUCUUGCUUGUUCACAAGCUGAGAACUGCACGUUGAUAGAGGUUGUCAAUUUUGAAAGACGGGACACGAGACCUUCGACGGGCAUCAUUGCUGGCGUUGGAUGCCUCGUGUCCGGUCUCGUGCUUGUCUUCUGCACUUGGUUAUGCUUGUGUGUAAAGAGAAGGCACUUGACAUCGCCUAUCCACUGGUCUGUCCUGGCCAAUCUUUCCGCAGAUGCCCUCCUUCUCGCUGUGGUGGCUUUCGAAAACACGGGGGGUUUCUCCAGUUCGUGGCAGUACAUGCUUGUGGAGGCGGUACACAAAGUGCAGCAAAUAACGUGCCGUCUCACAUUCUUCUUUGUUGCUGCCGGCUAUGGAAUUACGCGGCCAAUUCCCCGUAAGCUGCCUCUUUGCGUGACAAUCGCGUCCUUUCCUCUUGCGGCGGUUGUGCUUGUCAGCAUGUGCGAUGGCGUUCCCCAUCUGUCCUUCAUCGCCCAGACAGUUUCCGACUUUCUCCAGUACGACACCGAAGUCCUCACAUACGUGCUUGUCUCUAUAUUCGUCUACAAGCGCUUCGCUGAAGCCUCCGCCGAAAAAGACAAGUCGAAGGCUCGUGUGUACCGCAAUGUGCUAGCUGUGGUGAUAUGCAGCUCGUUCAUGCCAAGAGUGCUUCUUGGUAUCUACUACGAGCUCCCACUCAGUGCGCCGCUGAGCGUGGAGCCCCUUUUCAGCGUUCUUUUCGACCUCAUUCUCGCAUACCAAUUCCUUCCCACCGGCCAGAAUCUCAUGAAGCUAUCGAUGUAG